AUGAAAAUCAUCCUAAAAAAUGUCAACUACCUUUUUCUUGAAUCUAACCAAAGAAAAAUAAAUAUAGAAAAACAUAAAAAGAAAGAAAUCAUUGUAAGCAUUUUAAUUGAUAAACUAAUUAAAAUAAAACAUAAAAAUGAAUUUUAUAAAUGUGCAUCAUAUUACAAUUUUUUAUUUAGUAAAUAUGUUAAAUAUCUUUCUAUAAAGGAUUGUUUAAAAUUAUAUUAUUUACAAAAUAAACAUUCUUCUUAUAUAUACAACACCAGAUUACUUACCCAUAUAUGUAGAUAUAUUAAUAAUACACCAAUUAAUAUUAUAUUAAAUUUAAAAAAUGAAUUUAUCUUAGAUUAUAUAUAUAAUUGUAAUAUAUAUAAAUAUAAGUACUUUUUUCAAACAGAAUAUUACCGUUUUAUUUAUAACAUGCUAUUAUUAUGUUCUCUUAGACUUUGUUAUCCUAAUGUUGUUGAAGAACUUUUUUGUAAGAAUCAUAAAGAAGAAGGAGAAAAAAACAGAAUAAACAAAACCAAACAAAUAAACCAAAUAAACAAAAUUAAUAAAACAAACGGAAUACAUAUUAAGUUAAAAAAUUUAUAUAUUUAUUAUAACAAAUUAAAUGAUAUUCAUAUAUCACAAUAUAUUUUUAUGAAAGGAUACCAUAAAUCAGACCAUUAUAUAGAGAAUAAUAUUUUAAACAGGGAUAGUAUGAAUAUAAUUAUAAAAUUAUAUAAAUGUCUUAGUAUAAAUCAUAUAUAUCCAUUUAUCUUCUUAAACCAAUAUUUAUAUAACAAUUAUAUCGUGUUCUCUCUAAAAAAACAAACACAAAAAUGUAUACAUAAUUUAAUAACCUCCAACAUUAGGACAAUGUAUGACUUUAAAGAAAUAACAUUCUUAAUUUAUAAUAAAACUAUAGAAUAUAUAAAAAUACAUAAUAUUAUCGAAUUAAUGUUUUAUUUAUCAAAAUGUAAUUUAUAUUUUUAUUAUGAAUCAUUUUUAUGUAAUUAUUUUUAUAUCAUCUCUUUAUAUAUCUGUAAAUUGAAGAAUGAUAUAAAUUUUACAAAUUUUAAGAUACCAAAUAUUAAUCAUAACAUUGUUGAAAAAAAAAGUGAAAAUCAAUAUAUCCUACAUAAUAAUGAUGACAAUAAGGAUGAUAAUAAGGAUGAUUAUAAGGAUGAUAAUAAGGAUCAUUAUAAUGAUGAUAAUAAGGAUCAUUAUAAUGAUGAUAAUAAGGAUGAUAAUAAGUAUCAUUAUAAUGAUGAUAAUAGUUAUUAUAUAAAAUAUAUAAAUAUAAAUAUAGAUAAUAUGAUUACUAGUUUUAUUAACUACCUCUCUUCAUCUUAUUCUUACAGAAAUGUAAAAAGAAAUAAUAAUACAACAUCAUCUGUCAUCUUAUGCUUAUAUCUUUGUUUAGAUUUAUUUUCCUUAUUUCCAAAAUUACAUAAUUUUUUCUUUAAUUUAUAUCCUACAUAUAAUAAUUACACAAAGGAGAUUUUAUCAAAGGACCAAGGAUUUAUUUUAAUACAUAAAAUAGAAGACACGUAUUUGAAAAAUGCAUCUUUUAUUAAGAAGUGCUUUCUUCUUAUAUAUAUUAUAAAUACAAUUAUAAUUCCUGUUAUACAAACAAAUGUUCUUAUAUAUAAUGAUAAGAAAUAUAAAAGUUUUUUAGAUUAUUCUAUAAACCAUAAUAAAAUUAAUAUAAAAGAAAAGAGAAUAAAAACACAAAAUGGUAAUGCUAUAAAUAAUACAUUAAAUAAAUAUAACCAUUCUGAUCAAUCAAAAAAAAAUUGUCACCAACAUCUGUCAUAUUAUUAUUUAAUAAAUAAACAUGUCAAAUUAUUCAUAUAUUCAUUAAGCUCAAAAAAUAAUAAUAUAUUUUAUUUCAUAAAUUUCUCAUAUCUAAAAUUAUUAUACAAUCAGAUGAAUUACUAUAUAGAUAAUUGUUGUAUAAAAAAGUACAAAAAGUCUGAAAUCGAAAAAGAUAUAUUUUACAAUUUAAAUGAAUAUAUCACAAAACGGUAUCCUACAUAUAUAUGUUCAAAUAAUAUGCAUAAAGGAAUACCUAUAUUUUUUACAAUAGACAUAUUGAUAUAUAAAAGGAAAACAUAG